AUGAGGAUUUUCUUUCUUUUAUUAGGAAGUGUGAUGUCGGAUGCAUUCUCACUGCUGCCAGUGUUCACCAAGGAAGACAUGGCUCUAAAGGAUACCUUCCUUGUAUAUCUUUACUACUCAAGACCGAAUGUUUAUUGUCCUGCCUGUGAGACAUUCAAUCGAAACAUUUCCGUACUGCAGAAAUAUAUUCCUGUGAAGAAAAUAAACUUCUUUGAGGAUCCGGAAGUUGCAUCAUGCUUCUAUUCAUUUCUGUUUCCGUCUUUUAUAGUUAGAGAUAAAGGACGUAGCUACCACCUGCAUGUAGACAGCUUUGAGGAGUUGGAGGAGUUGAUUAAGCACGGGAAAUGGACUCAAUUCGAACCUGUAAGGCGGUGGAUGGAUUUGGACUCGUAUUUCAUUAAGGUUUAUUCUACUGCAAAUUAUGUUUUUUUCAAGGCUAUGCAGAAGUCUUAUGUGAUCUUAGACGUAAUUCCUGGAUGGGUUAUAAACUUUGUAUUUAGCGCCAUCAUUGCAUACAUGAUUUAUUCUAUAUGUGCUAUUUUCAUGUCUCCUGUAGAGGAUAAAAAGAAGGAAUAA